GGUCUUUCUUCUAAUUGCUAUUUUCUACCAGGAUAGAUGAAAUUAACAUGAACUUAUCAGAUCCUACCUGGCCUCACCUUACCCAACAUAUCAUAGCCUUUCACUUUGGGCUCACCCUAUAACUUGUCUUCACACUUACCAAGCUGUCAAGCUGGAGCAUGACAUGACUGACUACUGAGCCAUGCAAUGUUGACUCUGGACCCUGGAGUCAGAAUCUACUAUCAAGUAAGAGUUGAAAGCUGUUUGGUGACUUUGACCUUGAAUCAAUGCUAUAGUACCCCUUGCCUCUCAACCCUGAUUUAAAAUGUUAUAGGUGACUCUUCUUAAGAUAGAUAGGUAGAUACUGGUAACAGUAACUUGCAAUUAUUCCCCAGGUCUUAUGAAUGUCAACGAUUCCAGAUUCAAUGUUUUAACUGAAAAUGGCAUGCAAACUGGGUCUCCAGGAUGUUUCAUAUGACCCAGACUUGCACACAGGAGAAGUAGACUUUGACUUCUUUCAUUCAGUAGAUUCAGCUAUUAAAGAACCACACAUCAAUAACACUGCUGGUGCACAAAGUUCUGCUGUAAGAGGCACUGCUGCUGAUGGUGUUGCAAGCAAGUCAGUAAAAGUGCAAAUUUUGGCAUGUGGAAAAAACAAUGCCAAUGCAAAAUCAGAGGAAGACAGUCAACCAGAGCUAUUUGAGAACUGUAAACCAAAAAUGAGCUCCGAAAGUGGUGAGCAAGACAGUGCUGCAGACACAGAGAGUGAAUCAGAAUAUGGAAGUAGCCAGAGUGCAGCGAGUGGAGAUGCCAGUGCAGACCAUCAGUCAGACAGUGCUCCCUGCUCGCCAGGCACGGAGCGAUUGCGCACAGUUGUUCGUGAUGUGACAGCUAUCCAGGAGAGCUUGCACCAACUUAGGCUGUCUGCUGGAACUUCACGAGAAACCCGGCGUGACACAGAGUCAGACCCCGUCCCGAAAGUGCCCUCUGUCACUUCUCCGUCCCGGUCGCCUGUCCCUGUUUCAUCCCGCGGCCUGGCUGGCCGAUCUAACGCCACCUCCUGCCGUCCGCUGUCCCCUCAUCCCGUGUCUCCGGACCGCGUCCCUGCCGUCCCGCCCGGCGGCGGCUCGGGGCCGGUCCGCGCGCGGAGACCGCGGCCUCGGUCCGGCUGGCCGCAGAGGAAGCGCUGGAACUGCAGUCUCACAGAGGCAGCGCUGACACAACGGCGAAUCGAGCAGCUGCUGGGUGCAGAGACCGACUCGAGCGGGAGCGACCGGGCGGCCGCCUCCGACUCUGACGCGGGUGCGGCCGGCUCGGCGGACGUGGAGACGUGGCUCGGCGCCGCGGGGUCCGGCUCGGACCGCUCACAGAGGACGCGGCGGUCUCCGGCGGCGGCGGGCAGCGGCCGCUCGGCGCCCGGCGGCCGGCUGGGCCUGCUGGCCGAGGCCGUCAGACACCUGGAGCGCACCAAGCUCCGCACCGCUCCGCCGCCGCCGCGACGACCGGUGCGUCCCCCACACCGAAAGAACAUGUCCUUCACGAACGAGGAGGUUCGAGAGAUAGAUCGAAACAACCGCAUCCUGCUCAACAAGAUCGUAGCGCAGCAGCGCCGGCCACCGGCGCGCCCGUCCCCUGUUCCUGGAGGGGGCAAGAGCAGGGGGACGCAGGACCAGAUUCGACGGGAAAACAUGAUCCUCCUUCGGAAGAUCCGCACGGCGCGGCCAUCGCGAUCAGUCAUCUCUGGAUUUCACGAGACGCCUCCGCCGGUGCGUCCCAUCCUGGAGAGGGGUGCCGUGCGUCACCGACAGCCCUGGAACGACCGCUAGAAGCCUGUCGUCUCGGAACGACCGGUAGUAGCCUGUCAAUGUAUCGGAAUAACCGAUACCACCCCCCAACGGUCAUUGAACUGACGGUAGACGCCUGCCACCGCCUUGGAACGACCCGUACGAACCUGGGAAGGACCUGGAGAAUGGCUUCAGUGGUCCUGGGACCUAGCCAAAUCGGUACCUACAAGUCCCCUGCCGGCUGCCACACUCAAUGGGGAUGCAUUAUGUCCAGCCGUCCUGAACAUAUCGGGAGUGGACACAUCAUUGACGCGGCCAGUGUACUGAGAUCAUGUGUCAACAGCGUUUAAUAUGAGCUUCAUUGUCGCGUUUAUGUUCUCCUAUACAUCACUGCUAAAAGCCUUUGAACUUUACAUGCGGACAUUGGCCAGAAUACCUGCUCUGAUGAGUGAUGACUGAUUUGCUUUAAAGUC